UUCGCGCCAAGUUGAAACAACGGAGUAGUAACUCUGAGCACCAGGAGGGACGAGCUGCCGACACCGCUUUUUAACGUUUCAGUCGCUAUCUCUCGGACAAGUUUAUCAAACAUGGAGGAGGCCAACAAGCUAAUCGGCUCGGGCAAGAAGCACCUGGUGAUGGGAAAGGUGGUGGAGGCGGUGAGCGCCCUGCAAGAGGCCUGCCGUAUGCUGGCUAAAAAGUAUGGAGACACAGCAGACGAGUGUGGAGAGGCUUUCUUCUGGUGUGGUAAAGCGCUGCUGGAUUUGGCACGGAUGGAGAACUCGGUCCUUGGUAAUGCUCUGGAAGGAGUACCAGAAGAGGAGGAUGAAGAAAAACCCAAAGACUCAAAUGUUGACAGCACAGAAAACAUUGAUGAGAAGACCAGAGAUGAGCUGAGGGUGCAGGUGUAUGAUGCCAUGGCAGAGAAGAAGAACGAAGGCGGCGACGGGGAGAAGCAGGGCGACGGGGAGAAGCAGGGCGACGGGGAGAAGCAGGGCGACGGGGAGAAGCAGGGCGACGGGGAGAAGCAGGGCGACGCGGAGAAGCAGGGCGACGCGGAGAAGGCUGGUGAAGAGCAACAAAACACUCCAGAGAAAGAUGAGGAAAAAAACAGCAAAUGUGAUAAGAAAGAGGAAACAGAAGAUGGCGAGGAGGAAGAUGAUGAUGCAGAAAUGGAGGCUGAAGAGCAAGGCGAAGAAGACGAUGCUGCUGAAAAGGACAGUGAUGAGGAGGAGGAGGAGGAGGAGGUGGGGAACCUGCAGCUCGCCUGGGAGAUGUUGGAAGUAGCUAAAGUCAUCUACAAAAGGAAAGAGACCAAAGAGGAUCAACUCAUGGCAGCCCAGGCUCACUUGAAACUGGGUGAAGUUUCUUCUGAAUCAGGAAAUUACACUCAGGCGUUGGAGGAUUUCCGGGAGUGUCUGAAGCUGCAGGUGAAGCACCUGGACUCAGACAGCCGCCUGCUGGCCGAGACGCACUACCAUCUCGGUCUGACCUACAGCUUAGACGUCCAGUACAGCCGGGCCAUCGAGGAGCUCAAGAGCUCCAUCUCCGUCAUCAAGAGCAGGCUGGACAAACUGCAGGAGCUGCUCGACAAGGCUGAGGCUCCGGAUGCUCUGCCAGAGGAGAGGAAGGAGAUGGAGGAGCUGAAGACUCUGCUGCCGGAGAUCCAGGAGAAGGUGGAGGACGCCACCGAGGGCCUGAAGAUGACGAGCACGGCUGCUGAGGAGGAUGGGAAGGGUGCACUGGACGGAGGCUCCACUUCCUCUGCAUUCCCCGCCUCCACUGUGCAGAACGGUGACGCCUCAUCCAGCUCAACGUCGACCAUCGUAGUCGGCUCUACCAACGGACACGCCUCCAAAGCUGCAGUCUCAGACAUCUCCCACCUGGUCAGGAAGAAGAGGAAACCUGAGGAGAGUCCGGUGAAGGAGGGGCUGGUGAAGAAGGUGAAGCAGGAUGACGGACAGACUAACGAUGUUCACAAAGCCAACGGAGACACUAACGGACGCGCUGACAGUAUGGAAGUCAAGAGCCAGUGAAGAUGGACUUUUUAUUUCCCUCUGCCCGUGAAGAGAUUCACCAGCACGACGAGCUCUUACUGUCGCUCCACUUGUUUGCUGCUGUAGAUGUGUGACUUUUUCUAUCCCUGCUGUGAUGUUGGUGUUAACAUAUGUAACCUUUAACGUUGAAUUAAGUGUUCUUUGAUAAACCUUGUUUGAUCGUA